CUAAUGCUUCCGUUUUCAUAUUUUGUUCUUCAUUUCAUUCGAGUAGGCACCAUCGUCUGGGUAUUUCCCGGUUUUGUUUUUAACGUCGCACCAGAAAGGCAGUAGUAUGUAUUUUGUGGGAAGAUGGUUUUGUUUUACAACAACAUCUGAAGGUGUAUGAUGCUAAUAUAUGUAUUUAAGAAUAAAAAUUGCCACUUUAUGAGGGGUACUACUUUUGGUUUUCAACAAGCAGAGAAAGCUCCAAAAGUUUGAAUUUGAUUACACUUUGAUUUGUGAUAUCGGCUACUGUAUUUUGUGUAAUGCUUUCCCUCUAUCAUCAUUGCCUUGUAGAAUAGAUCUAAAUUUCACCUAAGGUUUUAUCUGAUACUCCAUUUGCCUAAUUGCAUGUGCAAACACAUCUAUAUCUAUACUAAUCUCAAAUGGACUUGGCCAUUUGUACAACAACACAAUGUCUGAUAUGAAACGCUCUAAGCUUACCGCGUUGAAGUACAAAGGAAGCCAGAUGAACUCGUCCGCAUCUGGAAGUCGUAACCAGAAAGGAGAUCGAACUAGGCGCAGCUGGACCAUCAGAGAGGAUGAUUUUCUCCUUGUGACGAUUCACGAACUUGUCGCCCAUGGCUGGAAAGCGGAUAACGGCUUUCGUGGCGGCUACCUAGGCAAGCUUGAAGAGGCUAUGAACACUCAAUUCCCAGGAUGUGGAAUCAAGGGCACGCCACACAUUGUCUCCAAGCUCGCAGCUUGGAAAAAAGACUACAACUCACUGAAUAACAUUCUCAAACGCAGUGGAAUGGGCUUCAACGAUCAUGGCAAUUUCAGAAUUGAUUGUGACGAUGAUCAAUGGGAUCAGAUAGCGAAGGCUGACAAACAUGCACGUAAUAUGCGGGACAAAUCGUGGCCUCGAUUCGAGAUAUGGAAAGAAAUUUUUGGGAAAGAUAGAGCGAACGGAGAUGGAUCUGAACUGAUCAUGGAUGUUGUGAAUGGCUUGUAUUCCAAUGAGAAGCAAGCUAGCAAUGGAGACGAUGAAGACAUCAAUCUGAGCGCGCUGAGGACCUCUCUUCAAAUGACACACUGCCUCAUACUUUCUCUGACACUCAUGCUGCUGAAAGGAGCAACCAGACCUCCAAAGACACACAUGUCCCAUAUGCAAACCAGAAAAAAACAACCGGGGACCAAGCAAUUGAUGGACUGCUGGAUCUGCUUGGCAAAAUGCAUGAGGACACCAGUGAGCGGCUUCAAAGCUUGACAUCUCGUAUUGGGUAUGAGUACGACAUGAGCAAGGCCCGUAAGCAAGUUUUCGCGGUGUUGGGACGUAUUCCUGAGCUGACUAUCAAGCAAAGGUACGAGGCUGGCGAUGUCAUAGUCGAAAAAGUGGAACGUUUGGACUUUUUUCUAGGUAUGCCUAAAGACGCUCGUCUUGGGUAUGUUGAGCACGCACUGGAGAAGUGGGGCAAGUGAUGCAGGAGACAUAGUGACCGGAAGCCCAUCAGAAUCUUACUACACCUGGGCAUUUUUUGUGGCAGCUCUUGUGCAUAUGCUGCUAUCUAAUUACUUGUCUUUUGAUGCAUGAAACUAUAUGCAGUAUGCUUUAUGCUUUUGUCUUAAGUAGGUAUGGACCUUCUGGAUUGUGUAAGUUAAGCUUGCAGACUUGAAUGCUUGUAGAUGUUAAUUUGAGGUCACUGACUUUGUUCUGAAAUUUGUGUGAUGUCCUACUACUAUGAU